ACAUUCCAACGAAUUAAUAAGUUAUUAUGGAAUUCUGUUACUUGGAUAUUACUCUGUAUGUAUAUUUUUUUCAAUUUGAGAGAUCUACCUGUUGAAAAGUCUGUUUCAGCUGUCACUUUCAAAGGUCAUGUUUUGAAGUGUGUAAAGAACGUUUUUGGAGAGUUUGGCGCAAGUCACAAAAUAGACGUCCUCAAGUACGAUCAGAUCAACCGAAGUGCCAUAAUUCGUUGUCCGUCUUCGUUUUAUGUGAAACUUCUCAGUGCUCUCACUUUAUCCGGGGAAUUCGAAGGACUCGCCUGCUGUUACCGACUGAACAAGUCAUCGCCAUACCUCUUGUCUCUGUUGUCAAACAGUAGAACCUACGAACACUGUUAGUGUAUUAGUAUUGGUACACUGUCAACCUAAAAACAUUGUUAUUAGUAGUGAGAGUGAUUGAUUUAGUGUAAAAUGUCAUACUGUAAGCGGGAGGGCAAAGACGUGAUUAUCUUCGCAACCGAAGAAGACCAUGCCAUUCCGAGCACAGUGACCCUGCCAGACCCCGAACCGCAGCCUGGCUUAAUUCUGGCGGACGGCAGCAUCAAUUGGAAUUGCCCGUGUCUGGGUGGCAUGGCUACGGGCCCCUGCGGUGUUCAGUUCCGUGAAGCAUUCAGCUGUUUCCACUACAGCAAAGAAGAGCCGAAAGGCAGCGAAUGCUUCGACGCCUUCCGACAGAUGCAGGACUGUAUGGUCAAGUAUCCUGCUCUGUACAAUUCCCCGGAUGACGACGACGAUGCCAGCGAACUUGGGCCGGAAUUCGACAUCAAAAGUGGCGUCGAGAACCUCAGUAGCGAAUCGGCGCUAGCUACCGAUGACCAAACUUUACAAGCGAGACCUAACAGUAAAGAGAGCGACGAAAAAAAGUAGUAAUCCAAUUCACAAGUGUAGUUUAAUGUAGUUAGAAUGAAAAAGACUUACUUAUUAACUAAACUAUCAUCAAUCGGUUGAAUAUAGGUUCACUGUUUUGUUAUAUUCAAAUUGGUUUGAGCUCUAGUAAUGAUUGGUUUUGUAUACGUUGAACUUCUAAAGUUUUAAAACUAUGAUCAUGAUGAUAAAAAUGUAAUUAGAUCGGAAGUUGUUGAUGGAAUCUAUUGAAUGAUGCAUUAUCAAAAAAAUUGAAAGAAUAUUUUUCAAGAUCAAUUUGUUUCUUAUAAAUGUUUGGUUUGCAUAGCUAUUUUUCCUAAUUAAUAAAAUCGAGCAUUGUUUAAAUGAUA